AUGCUACCACUCAUGAAAGGCAAACUAAUGCUCUUUGACGAAGUAGCUUGGGACAAAAGCGACGAGCAACUAGCAACAUGGGAAGCAAUUCUUCUCAACCAAGAAACCAUGCAGAAGAUAACCACAUUAAUCAAAAUCCACCGUCAAGGCAUAACAGAUCAACUCUUCCCGCCACAAAAAGGCUCCUUCAACAUGGUGAUCCGCCUACGAUUCCUCGACGGCGCCUCGGCCAUAAUCCGCUUCCCAAUCCCAGGCUACUCAGUCUUCCCAGACGAGAAACUCCACCGAGAAGUAAGAGUGAUGCGCUUUCUCGAGCGACACACAGACAUCCGUAUCCCGCACAUCCUACACCACGGCACCAGCGACGAAAGCCCACACGGCCUAGGCCCGUUCAUUAUCAUGGAGUAUAUCGACCAUAACGCGGAUCUCGUGGAUGCGCUGAACACACCCGGGAUACUGGAUGAAGAACGACCCGUUCUCGAUCCCAAUAUCGGCGAUAACAGGCUGCGCUCGGUAUAUAAUCAGAUGGCGGGCUUGUUGCUGCAGGUUGCGAAGUACUCGUUCCCGCGUAUUGGAUGUAUAUCUAAUGCUGCGGAAGACGAGUUCGAGGAUGAGUGGGUGGUUGCGCACCGGCCGUUGAGUAUCAAUAUGAAUGAGCUGGUGCAGGUUGGUGGUGUGCGAGCUGGGGAUCUGCCGGGGAUGACCGAGACGUUUGCGACUGCGGCGGAGUAUUUACUUGCCCUUGCGGAGCUGCAUAUGACGCAUCUUUCGUCGCAACGGAAUGACGCUAUUGACGAUGCGGAGGACUGCAGGACGAAGUAUAUUGCGCGGUGUUUAUUCCGGAAGCUUGCGAGAGAGGGCCGACUAUCUUGGGCUGGGGAGGAAGGGAUGUUUAAAUUAUUCUGUGAUGAUCUACGACCGGCGAAUGUGCUUGCUAACUCGGACUUUGGGUAUAAGAUAUCCGGGGCUAUUGAUUGGGAAUUUGCUUAUGCUGCGCCGUUGGAGUUUGUGUAUAGCCCGCCGUGCUGGCUACUGCUUGAGCGGCCGGAGUACUGGGAUAAUGGGCUUGAUGACUGGGAGUGGGUGUAUGAGAGCCGGUUGGAGAUUUUCUUGCAGGAGCUACAUAUGCGAGAGGAUGUUGACAUUCGGCGUGGGGUUAUGAACCAGGGCUCCCACCCUUCGGAGUUUGACAUGCUCGUAUUCAUGGGCGGGAUUACUUCUGAGCUGGAACAGAAGCACCUGGACCUGGCUGCCGGACCCGCGAUGACUUUGACCGCUAGUCCAGCGUCGCAGUCGCUACGCGGGACACUCACACCAGACCGUCGCAUUCUUACUCCAAAUACCUCAUCUUCGGGCAGCGCUUCAGACAUGCCAACUAGCCGGGGCAGCUUAUCCGAUGCAGGCGGUAUCUCGUAUGAGGACCAACUGCUACAGCACUUUCUGACCAUUGGCCCGCCGGCUGCUCUUUUUGCGCCGGUCAACAUCGAGUGGAAGUAUAUGCGCCCAGCGCUGCUGGUUCAUGCACGAGAUUCCAGUCCGCUUUUGAAUGCUUUAUACUGCUACGCGGAUGUUCAUAAAGCGAUGAUGGAAGGGAAAAAAUGGCACUUCGCGCCUACCUUCUAUAGAGUGGCUAGUUCGGAGAUCCAAGCUUGUAUUCAUGGCGAGGUGACGGAGUCCACACUCAUCAAAGUUUUUGGGGCUGUUUUUCUCUUAAUGAUAUCCGAGCUUCUCUCACCCUACGGAAUAUGUACCGGGACAUCUUAUAUUCACUCCGGGUACCUUAUUCUACAACGAUUCCAUGAUCGUACUCGACAUUGGACCGGUCUCGGUCAUCUUUUGGUGUCAUGGAUCUUACUGCUAGAUGUCAAGUCCCUGAUUGCAGGCCGAGAUGGCGAUCCUCUCCCUGAACUCGGCAAUAUCCCAGAACAUAGCAUAACACAACCACCGGAUACACAAACUUCCCAAACAUCUCACAUAACCGCACCAACAGCCAACUUUAAACAGGAGGACAUCAUCGAAGACCCAUUCCUCAGCCCCAACUACCUCGUCUACGAAGCAAUCGUAGGCCCGGCAUUCCGAUUCUUCGUACAAGCCCAACAAGUCGUACGACGCAUAGUCUGCAUCGACCUCCACCACCGCAGCCGCGGAACUCUCACCGACGAGUUCGAAGUACUCCAACUCGCCCACAAAAUCGGCGCCGAUCUCGAAACACUCUGGCACAGACGCCCCUCAGUAAUAGACGUCUACGGACGGCCCGAAGCUCUAACUGACAUCCUUUGUGCGCCUGUGGCAUCGGAAAUCUGCCGCACAUUCCGACAAUACGUGGCCAACUUCUUAGCGAAUUUUAUCUACUUGCACCGCGUUGCAUUUGCAAUCUACCCUCGCACAGAACGCGUCAACGGCGCCGUCGAUCAAAUCAUUCAACUGGCCACCGUUGACUCUGCCGGGCCAGACCAUCUGCCCGUCAGCUUCUUAUGGCCGCUGUUCAUUGCGGGGCUGGAGGCUACGGAGGACCAGCGCAAGUGGAUUGGCCACGAGAUUCAGCGUAUGGCUGCGGCCCACGAAGCUGACGCGGCACCUUCGGCCACUCGUCACCCGACCGCUGAUAGGGUCCUAGUGCUCGUGGAGGAGAUGACCCGGCGGCAAGAUGUGUCACGCACAUGGGCAGACUCGAAAUGCGUGAGGCGGGAAAUGUUUUCGGACUUUUUCGUUGUGAUUUGA